AUGAUUUCCAGUGCCCUCCGUUCUUCUUGCAGAGCCUCAGCAAAGCUGUGCUCUCUUGCAUCGCGACAAUCACAGCUUGCACGACGAAGCAUACACAACCUGCCUCUUUUGGCAAACCAGGCAACAUACGAGCAACAGGGUAUUCCUGGGCUCUAUAGCAAAGAAGGGUUCCGCGAUGUGUGGACUGAGUACCAACAGUAUCUUGUUGACGAGCUGAGCCGCGAGACAGCAGAGACUGAGCACGAGACACGGACGCCUUUUGGUAUUAUGCUCAAUACUGCUGCCAGUCAGCUUGACGCACCUGUUUUCAACUUUGCAUCGCAGGCACACAAUAACCAUCUUUUUGUGGAGGCACUCAAUUCACCCUUGACCAACCAGACACGGCCCAGUCCCAAGCUUCUUGAAGCGAUCCAGAAGUACUUUGAGGAUCUUGAUACCCUCAAGGCCGACAUUAUUGAGCUGGCCACUCUGCCAGAGAACUUGGCACCCGGCUGGGUGUUCCUGGUGGAAGGUGAUGAUAAGUCACUUUACUUGACGUAUGCUUUCCAAGCUGGUUCACCUUACUUUGCUGGCCGAUCUCAGGCAUUUGAUCUCAACACACCUAUGAGCAAGGAGAUUGAGGAGACACUUGAUAGCAUCCAGCUGGACGUUCUGGAGAAGGCUCCUACUUACAAUAUGCCUUUGAUUGCCAUUAACUGCUGGGAUGUGGCAUACAUUACUGAUUUCAAGGUUGCUGGACGUGAGGCUUUUAUUGAGAAAGUGUGGAAGUCGUUGAACUGGGAUGUUAUCAACAAGAGAUUCUACGGUAAUUAA